GUUCAGCCACUCCACGUGGGUCCAUACAGGAUUCAGAGGACGUAAAUAAGUUAUUGCGGUGAAAUAUAUAGUACUACCGAGCAAAAUCUGUUUUCUUUGCAUUUUUUUUUAAUUAAACAACUUUGCCCCUUAUCGAGUAAUACCAGUGAACGUAAUGCACGCAAUCGCGCCAGUUUUGCUCAAAAACAUCUGUGAUAUCCUCACUGAGGAGUUGGUCAUGACAUGCUGAAAUUGUGUCGGAUCGUUAAUGUUUUAUCACGUCAUAACAUUAUUCCAGCUCUCAAAAAGAAAGGGUGGCCAGAACCCAAAUCGAAGAGUCGUAGAUUUAGCAUAUCCUGCAAAAUGAAUGAGGAUUCAAAAAACGCCGAAACCAAAGCUUUGAAAAGACCAGCGGAUGAUUCACUGAUUGAGAGUAAGCAUGAAGACAAGAAGCUUAAAGCAGAGCAGGAUGAGCAGAAUGGUGACAAGAAGUUCCCCAAGAAAAAGGUCGCCCUGCUGAUGGCAUACUCUGGCAAGGGGUAUUAUGGCAUGCAGAGAAAUGCAAAGAACUCUCAGUUCAGGACCAUUGAGGAUGAACUGGUUACAGCCCUUAUCGCAGCAGGUUGUAUUCCAGAGGGCCAUGGAGAUGACAUGAAGAAGAUGUCUUUUCAGCGAUGUGCACGAACUGAUAAGGGUGUUUCUGCUGCAGGUCAAGUUGUCUCGCUGAAAUUGUGGAUGAUUGAAAACAUCCUGGACAAAAUAAACGGCCAUUUGCCACCACACAUUAGAAUUUUAGGUUACAAGAGAGUCACUGGUGGCUUCAAUGCCAAAAACAACUGUGAUGCCAGAACAUAUUCCUACAUGCUUCCAACCAUGGCAUUUUCCCCAAAAGACUAUAAUCAGGAGGACACGUCAUUCCGUGUGAGUUCAGAGACCCUUCAGAAGGUCAACUCUUUGUUCAACUUGUACAAAGGCACCCACAACUUCCACAAUUUUACCUCACAAAAGGGUCCACGAGACCCUAGCGCCAAGCGCUACAUCACUCACAUGUGUUGCGGUGAGCCGUUUGUAAGACGGGAAGCGGAGUUUGCUGUCAUCACAGUUAGAGGCCAGAGCUUCAUGAUGCACCAGAUCCGGAAGAUGAUCGGUCUGGUGAUCGCUGUGGUUAAAGGUUAUGUGGUUGAGGGUGUGAUGGAGAGGAGUUGGGGAGAGGAUAAGGUUGAUGUUCCUAAGGCGCCUGGUCUUGGAUUAGUGCUGGAGAGAGUGCACUUUGACCGCUACAACAAACGUUUUGGGGGAGAUGGUAUCCAUGAGACUCUGGAAUGGACUGAGGAGGAGGAAGCUAUCUCUGCUUUUAAGGAUAAGCAUAUUUAUCCGAGCAUUGUGGAGACGGAGCUAGCUGAGAAGUCCAUGGUGAACUGGAUGGCUACUCUAUACAUCCAUGAUUUUGAAGCCACCGCAACAGGGAACCAAGAACGCAAAGAUGAUGAGGACGAUGGAAAUGCAUCUGACUGAAUCACUGUGAGACUUUUUGUUUUGUUUUUACCGAUACUAUAACAUUUUGUUCUAAAGUUUCUAAAAAAAAACCUGAAAUAAAUGUUUUUUUUAUUAAGGCAUGUUUUCAUUCUCCUUUGAAUGUUGUUAAACGGUAUAAAAAUGUAACUCAGUAAUUAUUUUAUGUCAUCUUGAACUCAUACUGACACCUCGGGGGAUGGAUGCAGCAUUAUACAAACAGAUUUCAGUUACUGACGCUAUUGUAGAAAUUCAAUAAUCACUGUUGGCAAUGAUUAAUUUAAUCCAUGAGUAAAAAUGUCCAAUAACUGGUGGAUUACUGGGAUUAAUUGUGCAUUCACAUAUUGUCAUAAUUACUGUACGUAAUAUUUUAAUUACGAGAUGGCAACUCAUAGAUUCUACUCGGAGCUAUUCACGUCUUCAGACCUCCUAAAUUGUUUGUUUCUAUGGCAACACUUAUAAAGGCAAAACAGCUUUGUUGUUGAUAACAGCAAAAUGUUUAUCACUACAUUAAUUCACCUCUAUAUUUUCUUGCAAAAUGUCUAAAAACAAUUUUUUUUAAAUGCUCCAGGCAUCAAUGGCAUUAUAAAAUGGCAUAUUAAACAGAAAUAUAAAAAAGCUGCCUUAUUGGUUCUUUUUACAUGAUUGUCAAGUUGGAGCUUUCGUGUAAUUACCAGUUUUACAAAGACGUGAAUGCUUUAUUUUCAAGUCGGAAUCUCAUAAUUAUGGUAAAUAUGACAAGGCGUGAAUGCGCCUUAUGCAAGUAGUAUUAGGCUGGUCAUGUGAUUCUAACAUGGCAGCCCCCAUGAGAGGACCCUCUCCAUGUAGAAUAAAAGAGCUUUUAUAAGGUUGCUGUAGUGACUGGAGUCUUCAUCUCAUAUGAGUGCUCAUGAUUUUUAACAUAUGUUUCAAAAUUACUAUUCAUUUCUUUAGGGGUAAAACUUUUUGAAUGCGAAAAAUUGCUGAGUGCACCUUUAAAGGUGCUAUUUGUAAGAUUGACAACAAGCGUUUGAAAUGGGUACUGCAGUCCAAAUUCAAAAUAUUGGGGAGUUGUCUGCCCCGCCCCAGACUCGAAGCUCAUUUGGGUUGCCAGAAUGUUGACACGCAAAUCAGUCAACUCAGCAUCCGUUUUAAAGGAUUUCUGGGCUUUAAGCUGUCUCCAUCUUCCAAAGGCAUCUC